AUGCUAAAGGAAUGUAGUACACAAGACUAUUGGGUUGAGAAAAGAGUCACCAUCCUUCUCUCCCUCACGAUGUUGCUGCAAACCGUGGCGGAUCGUCUGCCCAGAACGUCCGACGCCAUUCCGAUCAUCGGCGACAAUUGGGAGUUCUUAAAUGGUGCCAUUCAAUUGGCCAAAUGUCCAAGGUCACUUGGUUCCUCUCCGACCCCUUGCCAGGUUCUGGUUGUCUCCGCCCGACUUGGUGACAAACGCAAAACAUGCCGUCUUCGGCGUGUGGGCUGCACGUCCGCUGGUAGGUCUCACACUGGACAUUGCUGUCUAGACGUCUGUAUGGUUGGGAAAUAUGCCCACUUCCGGGGCAUGUCAUCUCACUUGGCCCCGGUUUGUAGAACCGGUUUACGCCACAUUUGUCGGGUGGUUCACUCUUUCCUACUGGUCAAUUUGAUCCACUUAAUCUCAGAACUUCAGGCUUUCCUCGAAAGCAGUGCAAGCCACGAACUAUCAAAUCACGUACUGGGUGGUGCCUUUGCGUCUGCUGGUUGCUAG